AUGUCUAGCCAUGUUAUCGUCAUUACUGGUGCUGGAGGCAUGGGCCUUGCCGUAGCCCGCCGCAUUACCAAUGGACGUCGAUUAGUCCUAGCAGAUUACUCUACAGCGGCCCUUGAAGUGGCAGCAAAGGACCUACGUGACAAUGGGUACGAUAUUAUCACCCACACUGUCGAUGUUUCAAAGCUCGAUGCUGUGCAAGAACUCGCCAAGGCAGCUGUGAACCUAGGACAAGUCGACGCCGUGGUCCAUACUGCCGGGGUAUCACCCGUUCAAGCUUCCCCACAACAGGUUCUUGAGGUCGACCUUGUUGGCACAGCAAAUGUUCUGGAUUCCUUCUACGAAAUCGCAUCACCGGGCCUCGCCAUGGUCUGCAUCGCAAGCAUGGCUGGCCACUUAGGCGAGGGCAUUACCCAAGAGUUGGAACGCCAUCUUGCUACUGCCCCAACCGACAAACUGCUAGAUCACCCCGAGAUCGAUAACAAGACACCCAUGAGCUAUGCAAUGGCCAAGAAGGGAAAUAUUCUACGAGUUAAAGCAGCGGCGAAGUUAUGGGGAAACAAAGGCGCAAGAGUGAAUACCAUCAGCCCGGGAAUUAUAGCUACCGCAAUGGGCAAGGAGGAGUUCGAAGGUCCGGGAGGAGAUCAAAUGAGACACAUGCUCGCUGCAUCCGCUGCAGGAAAAGAAGGGAACGCAGAGGACAUUGCGAAUAUAGUCGCGUUCCUCGUUGGGCCAGAGAGCAGAUACAUCACCGGCACCGACUUUCUCGUUGACGGUGGCAUGGUGGCAGGUCUUGCUUCUCAGCGUUGGGCUGCAUAA